UAUUUCGCUGCUCUGACUCCUGUGUGUAAGCGAGCGGGGGCGGGGGGAGAAAUUAUCACUCUUAAAGGGGCCACGGUGCCAUGGGGUGGGCCCACCUUCCCUGUAUCAAUCGGGAACCCGCAACUGUAAGAACAGCGCUGUCCGCACCAACGAGGAUGGAGUCGUUGACGACGAGAAAUCUUGUGCUUCAGACCAAAGCCUGAGCAAAACGACAAACCUGCGUUCAUUCCAUCGGUCCCUGGUUGAAAGGUGUCCAUAUGCUUUAUUGUCCUCCCCUGACUUCUACACACAGAGAACUAUCAUAAGGAUGAAGCAGCAAGAAUUCCUGAGCUCCCUUCUUCCCAGAUCAGGUUGUGAUGACAACGCGGGUGUGUGUGUGUGAGACUGCAGUCACUAUUACAAAUCCAGUGUGGGUUGGUGAAGAUCCUUUGCCAAAGGUAAGGUGACUUUGAGAUGAUGGAACAUGGGCGCCAGGGCCGUCAGCGGGCCUCCGAAAUGAUUCGCAAGCAAAAACGCAAGGAGCUGGAUGCCCGGCGCAGCAAGUGCCGCAUCCGUAUUGGCAGCCACCUGGAGCAAUGGUGUCAGCUCAAGGAGCAACUGGGUUUCUCUUUGCACUCCCAGCUUGCCAAGUACCUGCUUGACAGGUACAGUUCACAAGGCUCAGCUCUGAAAACAGGACCGAAUAUCUCCAAUGUUAUCCCCAGCCCUCUUCCUUCUGAUGCACUGCAGCACCUUGUUGUCCUUUCUCACAAUCACAGCCAGGAAUGUGGCUUCAUCCCUAACGUGAAGUCCGCAUUGCCGGAGCAGGAAGGAAUCCCAGAUAGCAUGGUCUGGGAGUGCCUGGCUGGCCACACCUUCUCUUGGAGCCCCCCCACCCCACAGACCUGCACGCUGCCUCCCCGCAAAGCAGCCUCCAGAUGUCAAGAGGAGAAAGCAGUGAGUUCCAAGCCCAGCCCCCCACCCUCCCCCAUCAUCAGACGCCGGCGCUCCCUCCGCAGGGCAGCAGCAGCCCAUGCCUUUUCCUUAGCGCUUGCUUCCAACUCACCAUGUCCAGUGGACGAGGCAGAGCCACCUUCCAAAGAGGAUGGGGAGGGCAGUGCAGACAGAGAGAGAACAGCAUGCUUGUCUCCCGGCAGUGGAACAGGCCCGUGCGAGGAAUUGCUGAGUGGCAACAACGCUGAUGAAACAGAUUCUUCCUCUGAAGAGAUUCCAGCUAGCACAGAAGUCACAGAGCCUGUAAGCAUCUUGACUCCACCAGAGGGGAUGCCUGAAUCAGUGCCUGAGCCACCAGAGCAGGAAGAUGACGAAAGAGAGGAUUUGGCAGAGGAAGACAAUCUGGUGUACACAGAUGACCUGCAAGAUGAAAAUUAUCAUCCUUCCCUAGACAGCUGCAAGAAACGGGCCCAGCCAUGUGAUGAGGAUGUGGCCCAGAUUGGUCCAAAGAGAAUCAGGAAAGCAGCCAAGCGAGAGAUCCUCCUCUGUGACUACGAUGGCUGUGGGAAGAUUUUCUCCAACCGCCAAUACUUGAAUCACCACAAGAAAUAUCAGCACGUUCACCAAAAAACAUUCACCUGCUCUGAACCCAGCUGCGGCAAGUCCUUCAACUUCAAGAAACACCUUAAGGAGCACGAGAAACUGCAUAGCGAUAAAAGGGACUACAUAUGUGAGUUCUGUGCUCGCUCCUUCCGAACUAGCAGCAAUUUGAUCAUCCACCGACGAAUCCACACUGGAGAAAAGCCCUUACAGUGUGAGAUCUGUGGAUUCACCUGCCGCCAGAAGGCCUCCUUGAACUGGCACAUGAAGAAGCACGAUGCAGACUCCUUUUAUCAGUUUUCCUGUGACCUCUGUGGCAAGAAGUUUGAGAAGAAAGACAACGUCACUGCGCACAAGAGCAAGAGUCACCCAGAGGUGGUCACUGGGCCUCCCCAGCCUGUGCAGGAGCCUCCAGUCCUGGGCCACCCACUUGCUAUGGAGCAGCUGGAAAACCCCAUCCAGAGCCAGCCUGGCAACACAGAGAGGAGAGUGGAGGAGUCUGCCCUUGUCAUCGCAGUCACAAUCAAGUAAUUGGACUAUGCUAAUCGAGAAGCAAAAUGGCAAAGAGGAUUCCUGGCAAAUCCUGUUAGCAACGUAAAUAGACUCUGGGGACUUAUUCUCAGUUGCAGAGUACCAAUAAGGAUGCAAGACUGAGACUCCAGAUGGGGGUCCAGAAAGCCUUGAAGCCAGGUAGCAGUGUCUCACCAAGCACACUUCUUCAGCACAGCUCCUUUUUGACUCAGUACUUGCAACACAAGACAGUUGUGGGCUCAGCGUUACUUAGUUACAUGAUGAGUAAGAGUAGUCCAGUAGGAAUCCCUUGGAAGUUUUAACUUUGUGGUGAUUGGAUCCCAAACCUCUGUUCAGACUCCAAGUAUGAGAGGAACUAAGGAGGUCUGGAUAGCUACUACACGUACCUCUGAAGUUCUCACUUUGCUUGGAUAAUAGCUCUGGAUUUAGCUUGCAUGGACUGAUGAUGAUGAAAGAUGUGUAGUGUCCUGUUGUUGUUUUUAAAUCAUUUUCCUUUUGGGAACCUUAAAAGAUGCCAGUGUCCCAUGUGGCCAUCCUUUCCCCUUUUUUCCGUUCAUCAAACUGAUCAGUUUGUCUGUGUUUCUUCUGGGAUAUGAUUGAGAAAGCCAGUCCUGCUGCCUAAGAUCAUGUUAGUUGAGAGCCAAGGCACCAAACAAGGGGCCUUGAACAUGCAAGGUAUGGGCUUGCUAUAGAACCGUGAUCAGAGCUGGAGAUAUUGUGUGCUAAAGAUAUCAAAAUUCUGCUGAUUUUGCAACCAGUAUAAAUUAUGCACAUCUUUAUGUACUUAUUUUACAAAAUUAUGUUUUGCUAGUCUUGGAGAUGGACUGUUCUGGGGAGAUGGCAAGGAGCUGUACAGGGCAAUUCAGACCUGCCCCAGCUGCUGGAAAUCUUAUGCUUCGGGGCUCCACAGGCACUGCCCACCGACUCUCAACCCUAUUUUUUUUAGCAAGUUUCUAGUCCUUGUUGAUGCAUAGAGGCUAGAAAGAAUUUUGUGGUUAUUUUUAUUGAAAGUUGAAGUUCUCAGAAAACUAGAUUCUGCAGCCAGUUCCACACCCUGCAUUUUUUCCUCUGCUUAUGUAUUGUUAUAAAAUACACACUGUUCUGGCUAUCGCCGCUUUCCAUGCCUGCCUAGCUUGCACAGCUCUUUAAUUAUUUUGUGAGACGCUAAUAGUUUAGCCUUCACUGGUCUGUUCUCCACAGCCAGUGAGAUGUUUCACAUCAUCCAGCUUGAAACUGCCGUUUUUUUCUUUAUCAUCUGGAGACAUCUUGCCAUAACUCAUAGAAUUUUCUAACAAUAAGGACUUGGCAGGAGGGAAUUUGUGGUUCAAAACUUGAAGAAAACAAAAUUGCUAUCUAGAUACCGGGGGGGGGGGAUCCUGGCCUUUGCGGCACUCUUGACUUUUCAUUCCUGAUGUGCCGUAUUCAGGGACCUCUGGGCUGGAACCGAUGUUCCUGCUUCUUUUUGGAUAUUCUUGUCCUUCAACCUAGGAUGAAAAGCAGCAGCAGCAGCAGCAGCCUGCAAACUCUCUGAGCUUCAUUAUCCAGGGCAGAUUCCGAUGAGCCAUCUCACAUGGCAAUAACUGCAAGGCAGCUUUGUUCCUCCUCUCGACUGUCUCAAGGCAAGAAAUCCCGUGAUGAAAAUGUCAAGAUAAUCAUAUAAAUAACAUAGGAGUCUGGAUCUACCUUUUCGAGGAGACCCAGAUUGCAUGCGUCCUUGAUUUAGGAAUUAUUGGUCUAGCUCACUCCUACUUUUGACCCAGAAGAAGUGCUAGGCUGCCAUAAGAUAGAUUCAUUGAAAGACUCCUGUAAGGCGCUGUGCAUGCAUCAUCUGAGGAUAAGUAAUUCUGCUCUUGCUGCAACAGCUGUGAUUGCCUGUUUUCACUCAAAGGAGGGUACUGCAUCUCUGCACAAGCUGCUUCUUUGAGCAUGUCUCCUGAGGUGUAUGGCGGAAAUGGUUCCUAUAAUACUGCAUUCAGAAAAUAAGUAUGUAUUAGCUAUCUUAAUUUUGGGAAAUAGUGGUCCAGCAUGUACAGUAUGCAAAGCACAUUAUCAUUGCCUUUUCUUCACAGUUUAUUGGAGCGUUCUGUGAAGGAGCACUGUAAUUCCCAUAUUGAUGGAGAGUUCAUGGCUGAAAGAGAAGGCCAGGCACAUAAUGAAAUGAUGGUUGAGUGCAGAUUUAAGCCCACCCUAUGGACUUCACCAUUUUAAGUCACACACAGAGUGAACCCUGGGAAUUGUGGUCUUGUGUAGUUGUAAGCCACUCUGGAAUUGCAUUUGCAACAAAGAACAAAAUGUAUUUUGCAUAUCUGAGGGGUAGCAUCUCAUACAAAGAGUUUUCAGCUACCCUGCAAAUAUAUCACUUGUGUGCACCAUGCACAAAAUAAAAGUCUAAAUCCUGAACUAGGAUUAACCCAGAUUUUGACACUGAAAACUGAGUUUUGCAACCGGUAUAAAUUCUGCACAUAUGCAUUGCUUUGAUUUUCAAAAUUUUAUUGUGCUUCUGCUAACCAUGGGAAUGGAGAAGGAGUUAUAGGGAGGACUGAAGUCUUACCCUCUGGCAAUCUUAUUCAGCAGCUCUUCUUGCUUUAGAGACAUGAGAGAUCAUACGGGCAACCCUGCUAGAUCAGAUCAAAGGCCUAUUUAGUCUAGCAUCUAUUUUUCAUAGUGGCCAGAAAACUAUGGAAAGCCCGCAAGCAGGACUUGAGGGCAAUAAGUCUCUCCUGCUGCUGAUCUGCAGCAAAUGGUAUUCAUAAGCAUGGCGCCUCUGACCCUGGAGGUGGUAUAUAAACCAUCAUGACUAGUAGCCAUUGAUAGCCAUAUCCUCCAUGAAUUUGUCUAUCUUUACCAGACAUUGCACAUACACUAGAUUUUUCAGCCACGAGAUUUUAAAAUAAAGUUGGAGCUGAAUUCUGUGAUUUUUGUGCACUUGCUUAGAAUUGCAAAAUAUCACACAGCCCUGUCUGGUUUUCCCUGAAUUCCUCAUACUAGGUUUUGAUUAUGUCUCUGCAAUCAGAGUAAUUGGGUGACUCUGAAUCAGUCACUUUCUCCCUGGCUAAGUGGGGAAACCUCCACAUAUGCUGCUCUCAAAUCACUGGAAGAAGAGUGUGGUAAAUAAAUGAAUUUGGUUUAAAAGUCCAGAUGUCUCAUAUGUCUGCCAAACUGAAAUCAACAUUAGCCCUCAAUCUUAUCAGCAAGUGACAGGGCUUUAGAAUCCUUCCUCUCAACACAGCAUAAUUAGGUAAGUAAUAUCUCUUCAUCUCAGUCAUAAAAUAAUCUCACAAUUUGAGAAGACAAAUUAGUCAUGAGUGAUUAAAUCUUACUGGGUUUCAGGUGGACUUAAGCAUGACUGGCAUGGAUCUAAAGAAAGUUAAAUAUCUAGUCUCAGGGUUGCAGAGACAAACUUAUAGUGAUUAGCCAUGAGAAUUUAAUAGAGCCUCUAUGUUCAAAGGCAGUAUACCUAUAUGCUGGGGACUGGGAAGAGGGGAGGGCUGUUGCUUUCAUACUUGGCUUGCAGGCUUUCCGGAGGAUUCAGGAUGCUCAGCUAGACUCCUGGUUACUCCCUUGGUGAUCAACAGAAAGCUAAUGCGCUAACAAUUCUUGUUUUCAACCAGGAAAGUUGCAUAAUCUGAAGCCAAGUUCAGUGGGAAAGAUGUCAUCUCUAGCAACACAGAGUACAAGAGGCUUCAUUCUACGGCUCAUCUUCAUCAAAUUAGUGAAAUGUUUUAACCCACAGCCAUUUACUGAAAUACAACUAAAAAUAGUUUCAUUCUAAAACAGACUUAAGUUAAAAGUUUUAAACUUUUAACCCUCCUUUGAAAACAAAACUGAUUUUAUUUUCCUAAUUGAGGUAACACCCUGUAAUGCCAAAACUAGGUGUUUGCUGCUGUUUUGAGUUCCUCUUUGGGGCUGACAAGUUGCAAAAUAUUUAAAAUUUGUAGGUAAUUGUAAAAUAUAUUGGGGGAGAGGUUGUCCAUGAGAGUUGUAAAUAAAAAGUGAAAAGGAAAAUAAUCUUGACAGAUAUUUGUUAAUAAAAUAAUGUUGAAUCUAUUUUAACAUUUUAUUUGAGAAAA